AUGAGCGGGCAGAGCGCCGUGGCCGCGCUGCUGCAGCAGUGCCAGCGGGCCCUGGACACCGAGCUGCUGCCCCGGGCUCCGGGAGAGGCGGAGCAGCGGGAAUACCGGCGGUGCCAAGCUCUGCUUCCUGAGGAGCUGAGGAGCCUGCUGGAGGAGGCAAAGGAAAUGAAGUGGCCCUUUGUGCCGGAGAGAUGGCAGUACAAACAAGAGCUGGGCCCAGAAGACAAAACAAACCUGCAAGAUAUGAUCAGCGCCAGGCUGCCUGACUUGCUGACUUUUCUGAAGGCCUCCAUCGUGGUCCGGGACAGCAGCACGGCCACGGCCGUGGUGUUCCUGCUGGACCGCUUCCUGUACUGGCUGGACGCCUCCAGCCGGCUGCUGCGGCUGGCCAAGGGGCUGCACCGCCUGCAUCCCGGCGCUCCCAUCAGCCCGCAGCUGCUCAUCCGCCAGGCUCGCCUCGCCGUCAACGCAGGGAAACUUUUAAAAGCUGAAUAUAUCCUGAGCAGCCUGAUUAAUGACAACGGAGCAACGGGAACGUGGCGAUACGCCGAGGAGAGUGAUCGGGUUCUUGUUCAGGCAGUCUGCCUGCAAAUCAGGGGACAGAUCCUGCAAAAGCUUGGGAUGUGGUAUGAGGCAGCAGAGCUGGUCUGGGCUUCCAUCGUUGGAUACUUCCAACUUCCUCAGCCAGAUAAAAAGGGAAUUGCCACAUCCUUGGGUAUUAUGGCAGACAUCUUUGCUUCCAUGGAUGAGCAGGAUUAUGCACGCUUCAAAACCAAUGCUGACAUUGACCUGAGCCUCCUGCAGGAGUUCAACCACCGCUUGUUAUCGGCGGCCGAGGCCUGCAAGCUGGCAGCUGCCUACAGCCAGUACACCCCCCUGUUUGUCCUCACGGCCGUGAACAUCCGUGGGAUGUGUCUGCUGUCCUACAGCCACUCCAAGGACUGUCCCCCGGAAAAGAGAGAGUUCUACUUGUCUGCAGCCAAAGAAUCCUUCGAGGUGGGGCUGCUCACCAAGGAGGAGCAGAGUGCCAUCACCAGCAGGCAGGAGCUGCACAGUUUCAUCAAAGCCUCCUUCUGCCUGGCCACUGUGCACCGCUGGCUCCACGGGGACAGCCAGGAGCUCCAUGGGGUCACCCAGCUGUGCAGGGAAGCCCUGGGCAAGCUGCACUCCUACAGCACCUCCUUCCCAGAGGAGGAAGAGAAGGGGAUGCUUGCCAGAGAGAUCAUGUCUCUGGUUGCAGCUGUGAAGAGGCGCCUGCGGGUGGGAGGCUUCCCCAAUUCCGACGCCAGGUCUUACGUCCCAGACAGUUAUAAAGGCUCGGUACAAAAACCUGUCCUGCAAGGGGAAGCCAGCUUUGAGAAAAUCCUUGCCAAGCAUUCCCAGCACCACCUGUCAGUGUGCCAAGUGUUUGAAAAAACUUGCAGGAUUCAUAAAACCACGCAGGGAGAGAUCCAGGUGGGAGCUUGUAUCACAACCCUGAGAACAGAGACCAAAACCAUGGACACCCUGUGUACUGCUGAAGACACAGCUCAGCAGAGGAGUGGUGCUGUGAAAAUCCUGGGCUCACCAACAGCAGGAAACAGCUCAGAGGGACUCAGUGGCAAAAGAAAUCAAGACAUUGGCUCUGGUGUGAUGAAAAUUUCUUUUGAAGAAGAGAUGGAGCCGUUAGAAAUGACAAUAAACAGUGAAAAAGAUGUUUUCAGCAGAGGGCAAGACAGGAGCCAAAGCACUACUUCUGAGAACUCUUGGUGCAAGCUGUCCAAAUGCAGUUACUCUUCCAGCUGGGAGGAGCUGAGUUGUAAUAGCAGCAGAGAGUCUCUCAGGGACGGGCAGCAAGGGCAGAAGGGCUCAGUGGAGGAGCAGUGCUGCACCACAGAGCCCAAUGGAAGCGGCCAGGACAUGCCCCUGUGCUCCUUACCUCCCAGAGCCUGGCAUCCUGCUCCUCGGGAGCCCCUCCGUGGCUCUGGGGGGUCUCCUCAGCAUUCCUCAGAGGGGUGUGCCCCUCGAUCAGGGAGGAUGGUGGAGAAGGAGCCUCUCUGCGGAGAAGAGCUGCAGGAGGGAAGGCACCGUGGAAGGAGCUCCUCAAAAGAGAAAUCAAAGGGCUCAAACAAUGAGUUUCCUUCCCUCUCCAUCUCCUACUCUGUUCCUACAAGGCAGGAGAAGUCCUUUUCCUGUGCCGAGCUGAGCUGCAGGACCAAGGACAGCAGCAGGGAGGGAAGCAUCGGUCGCUUUGAGUGUCUCCACUCGGGAGAACCUGCAGACAGCACCGAGGGUCCCUCGUUUGAGGCACAGCCCCCCCAGGACAGGAGCCCUUCUGCACCAUCAACAAACAUCGGGCUGAAAACAGGCAGUGACUCCUCUGUGCCUGGCUGGGUGAGCACAUCUGCCAGGCUGGGGAACAGAUCUCUGCAGGUGCCUCAGGUUGACACCCAGGCAGAAACAAUGGAUGACCCUGAAUUUGAGCUCAUCAGCCUGGGAGACUUGCUAAAGGAUUAUCCUGCAGCACUGGCUCCAAAGCACGGAGCAACUCCCAGUCUGCCAACAGCUUUGCCCUCCCUGGGAAAGAUACCCACAACCAAACACUUUGACUGUGCCACUACAGAGGAGGAUGAAGAGAAGUCUCAGGAUGUGCUGGGCAGCAGGGGACAGUCCAGUUCCUCUCUGAGUUCAGGGAUCACAUCAGCACUAAUGGCCACGAGCCGCCCUGCAGGUUCAGUCCCAAGGGGAAGUGGCAUUGCCUUCAUGCCUGGCAGAGUGAAGGAAGAGCUCCUGGAUGCUCGCUUUCUGAGGGAUGAUGAUUACAGGCAGCUCCUGGCAGGGGUGGAGCAUCACUGGCUUGUCCAGAGACUGAUGCCUACUGGGAUCUUUAAGAGCAAAGAGCUUCACAAAGCAUACUCUGCCCUUCUUCUGAAAUACUCCAAGAAAUCAGGGCUGUGGACAGGCCAGGAGACAGCUGUGUUCAUUGGGGACUACCUGAACGUGGCCAAGGAGGGCAAGCAGAGAAAUGCCUUUUGGAUACACUUCCUGCACCAAGAAGAAAGCCUGGGAAGGUAUGUUGGGAAGGAAUACAAAGAGGAAAAAGGACUCCUCCAUCAUUUCAGUGACGUGGAGCGACAGAUGACAGCCCAGUACUACGUGACAGAGUUCAACAAGAGGCUGUAUGAGCAGAAGGUCCCUACCCAAAUCUUUUACAUCCCCUCUGCAGUCCUCCUGAUUCUGGAAGACAGAAUUAUAAAAGGAUGUGUGAGUGUGGAGCCCUACAUCCUGGGGGAGUUUGUGAAGCUCUCCAACAACACCAAGGUGGUGAAGAAUGAGUACAAGGCCACGGAGUAUGGUCUGGCUUACGGCCACUUCUGCUACGAGUUCUCCAAGGGAACUGACGUGGUCGUUGACCUUCAAGGUUGGGUGACAGGUAACGGGAAAGGCCUCAUCUACCUCACAGACCCCCAAAUUCACUCCCUCAAUAGCAAAGACUCACGCUCCAACUUUGGGAAGAAAGGAAUUUACUACUUUUUUAAUGAUCAACACGUGGAGUGCAACGAGAUCUGUAGCUGCCUGUCCUUGACAAGGCCCUCUGUGGAGCUGCUGGCCUAG